UCAGCCACACCUAGUACCUUGUAAAUCUAAGGGUGUGGCUAAUACACUUGUCAAGAGCAUGUCCCAGUAUCAGAGUGUUGUAUGUGAGCUGAUACUGGAGGAAUCAUUUGGUGAGCUAGUGAAAGAGGUUGGGAGUUACCUGCUGAGAAAUGGUGGACAAAAACUAAAGGAUCUAGUGAAAGGAUUAAAAAAGAAAAAAUCAGAUGUCAUAAAAUCUCUUAUAGUUCUAAUUCAGCAUUCCCUAGUAUCAUGUAUCAGUCAUAAAUCAGCUACCAUAUAUCGCAUGAUGACCAGUAACAUAUUAUGCAGAGGCAUGUUCCCACAAUAUGCAGUGACUGGUAGGGAAUUGUCCGGAGAGAUUGGGGAGGCAAUAAUUGAGGAUUUUAUACUAAAUGGACAUUCUUGUAUGAGUGAAGUAAUUACUCGUGUUGUUCUCAAAUUAAGUGAUACCAAUCAAGACAUUAAAGAACUUAAAUUAGCGGAAGACGUCAAAAACCAUUUCGUUAACUUGGUAGACAUGCGUCUGCUUCAAAGAGUCGCUUUAGCACCUUCAAAAGAACUAGGGAUGACCACACCCUCUCACUCGUUAUCACCUCAAGAUAAAUACGUCAUUCCUGUAGAAUUAGGAGCAUCUGAUAUUGUGGCUGCUUGUAGUGCAAGGAAGAGAGGGAGGGCUUCACCUGAUGAAGGGGAACUACCUCCUUCAAAAAAAUCAAAAAGUGAUGAGCAGGGUAAAGAUCCUUUGCCACCCGAUGCUACGGUCUUAUGGUACAUUGAUUUUCAACAGUUUCAGUGUCACUACAGAGAUCAGGCUAUUGUUGCUGGAGUUAAUAACAGAAUCGAUCCAAUUGCAGCUGGUGUAAUGAAAUGUCUUCUCUCACUUUCCACACAAGACGUUGACCCAAAUUCGUAUCCAAUAGUUGGACCAGAGAUAUUUCUAUUACGUCUUAAAGACACUCUGCCACAGUAUUUAUCACUGACUGAUACUGAUCUUGAGCAAUACUUAACAGUACUUACUGAAGAUGGGUUUAUAGAAAAGGUUGGAGAAGCUUCAAGUGGUUCAUAUCACAUAAAUUUUAAGAAGUGUUCUGAAAUCCUUUGUCAGUCCCAGCUGGAACUAGUUGUCAGAGAGAGAUUUAAUGACAAGCACUUGAGAUUGUUUCGUCUUCUUUGUCUCAAGAAACGUCUAGAACAAAAGCAAAUCUCAGACAUGGCCCUCAUCCCCAACAAGAAAGCUAAAGAGAUCCUGUAUUCCUUAUUAGCUGAGAACUUUAUAACAUUACAAGAGGUCCCACGAUCAAACGACUAUGCUCCCUCUCGUACUUUUCACUUAUUUUCUAUUGAACUGAACACAACUACAAGAAUAGUCCUUCAGAGAUGCUAUAAAGCACUCGGUAAUUUGAUGACAUGUCGCAAAGAAGAAGGCUCAAAGAACAAGAGAUUACUUGAAAAGUACAAGUUGUGGUUAAGGCAACAAGAAGCUUUUCAAAACGAAGAGGAACCGAUUGAAAUAGAAGAAGCUUUGACUCCAACCGAGAGAGAAAUGACUGAAAAUGUCAUGAAAAAAAUUGCAAAGCUGGAAGCAAGUGAGUUGCAGCUGAUGGAGAGUCUUCUAACUUUUGAAGAAUAUUUAAAAUUUGUUUCAUAGUUCUAAAAAAUAGUUUAAAUACCUUUCACAGGCUAUGAUUUUCAUUA